UGACUCUUUAGCUAUCGCCAUUGCACGGGGCACGUGUGAAAAGUAGAGUUUUCGUAAACUUUUUAAUUGAACUGUACAAGAACGUGUCUACGAGCUUACAAAUGGAGUCCGAGUCUUUUUACGGUGUUACCCUCAGUGAAAAGGAGCCAAUUGCACAAUUCGAUGUGCCGGAAAUUCCAGAGGAGUAUAUCGUACACUCACACAAGCUGAUCAUCAAACAGAUAUCCCUGGGACCUGAGGCGAAGUCCGGCGAAUUCAACGUCGUUCAGGCGGAAACGAACGUGAACGACGACGGCGAGAAGAAGACAGUCAAAAUUCCCAUUGCUGUUCUGAAGGUUGGAGAAACUCGCAGCUUGCGACCAAAUGUUGAGUUCCCCAAUGGAUCUGUCACAUUUAAGCUUGUCCAGGGCACGGGGCCGGUCUAUGUGUGCGGCAAGGCGGAAAUGAACUUGGGUGAAUAUGACGAUGGUCAAAUGUACGAGGAGUAUUCGGAUGAUGAAGAUGACAGCGAGCUGGAGGCUGAGGACGAUUGCUCUCCACAAACAAAUGGAAAGAGCAAUAAAAAGAAGUAAUACACAGUAACAAGAAAUUAAGCUAAUAUACAAACUAUA